AUGACACUUUCACCGUCCUCCGAGAAAGUCGCUUCUGCUUUGCUCGCAAAGCAUGGCCUCGACCUGAUCUCGAUCUCGUUGCUGCAAUCGCUCUGGGCUGGGUAUGGGCAGAUAUGUCGCAUCACUGCAGUCGGGACGCAUUUCUUUAUCCUCAAAUUGAUCACGCCGCCACCUACAAGAGCCGCGGAUGAGAGUCACACCAGAAAGAUACUGAGCUACCAAGUCGAGCAGUACUUCUACUGCCACUUGGCCCCUCAGCUGCCCGCAUCUGUGCCUGUUGCAAGAUGUCUGGCAAGCAUCAACAAGCACCAUCCGGAUGGUACUUCAACAACGGCCAUGAUAUUGAACGAUUUGAAGCAAAACUUCCCUGUCGCUGGAGAGAAGCGCGGGACUUUGUCGCCCACCCAGGUCAAUGCUGCGUUGGACUGGCUCUCUGGCUUCCACGGCUUCUGGUGGCCUCGAGCCAAGGACUUCGAUCGCACCAAGCUUGUACUUCCACCCUUAGAAGAAGUCAAACAUAAUGGCCAGGAUGCAUCGGAGAAGACCUUGUGGCUCAACGGAGGAUAUACUUACCUGGCCACGCGAAGGAAGGAAUAUGCCAGCCUGGCAAACGAUGAUGACUCGGAAUGGAUGGAGCCUUUAGCAAAACCAUUACAGGGCCAAAGCCAGUCCAUCUCGGAUCUGGUAGCUGCAUUCCUCGCACCUUCGGUGGCGGGCCGGAGUCCUAUCGAAGGCUACGAAACGCUGAUCCAUGGCGACGUCAAGUCCGAGAACCUUUUUACCAGCCAGUCUGGAGAAGAAGUAGCGUUCUACGACUUCCAAUAUACUGGUCUCGGACUCGGAGUCUGCGAUUUGGCGAAGUUGUUCACCUGCUCCGUGCCGCUCAGCAUGCUUGUGACCGAUAAUGAUAUUCCGCACGUUUUAAAAAUGCAAGACGGUGAGAAGCAGCUGUUGGAAAGAUAUUGGAAGAAGCUGCAAGAUACUAGUAAGAAGGAGUACGAGUGGGAUAUCUUCGUGCAGCACUGGGAGACCGCGCUUGUCGAUUGGCUGCGCUUCCAAGCGAGCUGGGGCUUCUGGGGCAAUACUGAGUGGUUGGAGGCGCGAGUACGAAGUAUUCUGAUGGAUGAGCAAUGGAGAAUUGCACUGAAAGCGAUGGUCAGUAGGGAGUAG